CAAUAACGGUGCUCUCUGCUCUGAGGCACAUUUAACUGUGAAGUUUGCAGCGGGAGAGGCUUUCCUUCAAGCUGUUAGUGUUUUAUCCUGGCAGGCUCCUCGAGGUUGUUGUGAGGAGUCUAGCCAGUUGGUGAGCUUUGUAAUCUAAACCAGCUGUCCCAGGCUGAGGCCCCCAUUUGCAUUGUUUAACAUACUUAGAAAAUGAAGUGUUCAUUUUUAACAUUCCUCCUCCAAUUGGUUUAAUGCUGAAUUACAGAAGAGAACUAAGCAAAACCAGGUGCUUUCUCUGUAUUCUCUCCAGUGUCUGAGGAGGUACAGACAGCUCCUGAUCUUCUCCAUUACUUACUAUUUCAUUCUUUGGACUAUAAAUGACUGAGGAACUGAAGUGCUAGCAGAGGGUAAUGUUUGGGAAAACUUUCUAGAUAUUCAUCAGCACAGACUCUGGUUUUUUUCCACCUUCCCCCAACAGUUUUGGACAUGCAAGGAUUAAAAAGGAUACUGACUGCUUUCACACUGGCCGCCUGCCUUUCAAGCCCUGGAGAAGCACAGCAACAAUGCACUAAUGGGUUUGACCUGGACCGUGCCUCUGGGCAGUGCUUAGAUAUCGAUGAAUGUCGGACUAUUCCUGAGGCCUGCAGAGGAGAUAUGGUGUGUGUCAACCAGAAUGGUGGCUAUUUAUGUGUACCCCGAACAAACCCAGUGUAUCGGUCACCAUAUCGGAAUCCUUAUUCAAAUAUUUAUCCACCGCCUCCAGCACCAGGCCCAGUUCCUAACUACCCUACUGCUACAAGACCUCUGAUGUGUCGAUUUGGUUACCAGUUGGAUCAAAACAACCAGUGUGCUGAUGUGGAUGAAUGUGCUUCAGAUUCUCACCAGUGUAACCCCACCCAGAUCUGCAUAAAUACUGAGGGGGGCUAUACUUGUUCCUGCACAGAAGGAUACUGGCUGCUAGAAGGCCAGUGUUUAGAUAUAGAUGAAUGUCGCUACGGCUACUGCCAGCAGCUGUGUGCCAACGUGCCUGGUUCCUACUCCUGUACGUGCAACCCAGGCUUUACCCUCAAUGAUGAUGGAAGAUCGUGCCAAGAUCUGAACGAAUGUACAAGCGAAAAUCCUUGCACUCAGACCUGUGUCAAUACCUACGGCUCUUUUCUCUGCCGCUGUGAACCUGGCUAUGAACUAGAAGCUGAUGGAAUUAACUGCAGUGAUAUGGAUGAAUGCAGCUUCUCAGAGUUCCUCUGCCAGCAUGAAUGUGUGAAUGCACCUGGUUCUUACUACUGUACCUGUCCUUCGGGCUACAACUUGCUUGACGAUAGUAGAAGCUGCCAAGAUAUCAAUGAAUGUGAAACCAGAAACUUCACCUGCACUCCACAGCAAACAUGUUUCAAUAUCCCAGGAGAAUAUAAAUGUUUAGACCCAGUAAGAUGCGAGGAUCCUUAUAUCCAGAUUAAUGAGAACCGCUGCAUGUGUCCAGCUGAAAAUGCCGGUUGCAGAGAUCAGCCAUUCACCAUCUUGUACAGAGUGAUGGAUAUGGUAUCCGGACGGUCUGUGCCUUCUGACAUCUUUCAGAUGCAAGCAACAACUCGUUACCCUGGAGCCUAUUACAUCUUCCAAAUCAAAUCAGGGAAUGAAGGCAGGGAAUUCUACAUGCGGCAAACAGGACCGAUCAGUGCUACUCUGGUGAUGACCCGCCCUGUGAAGGGGCCCCGUACUGUUGAGCUGGACUUGGAAAUGAUCACUGUUAACACUGUCAUCAACUUCAGAGGAAGCUCUGUCAUCCGACUGAGGAUAUACGUAUCACAAUACUCCUUCUAAACCUUGAGUUUGUCCCCUGGAAACAUUAAAACAAAAGAGACAGUUCCUCCUCUGCAGAACUCUCUCCUCAGAAGCCAGUACAUAUAGCAGCUCCAAACCAAACCAGUAUUUCUACACAUCCGGUGACCUAUGCCUCUCUGAGGAGGGAAACCUCUCCAUGCACAGUACGUACCAGGACGGAGACAUCUGAAGAUGUAUUGGCAGCAGAUCCUGUACGAUUUUCUAUGUGGUCUUCUAUUUUAAGGACUCUUCUUUCCAUUGUAAACACUUCUAGGGUAUGAGUCUAUGUUUGAAAGACUGUGAACCUUUGUAGCUCCAAGGCUGCUUAGCAAAAAGCACCAAAGGAACUGAGGAAAAAGCUGGCUUUUGCAAUCUUGCCUUUUUUUUUUUUCUCAUUAUAAAUGGAAAGCAGACAAACAAGCAGAAACAGAAACAAAAAGCCACCUAUUGAAACCAGGACUCUCAGAAGUGCUAACUUAAAUUCCCAGUUAUCUCUGGAAUUAUCAGUCAGGCACUUUGUCUCAAUUUACCCUGCAUUUGUCUUAAUUUCACCUGUUUUUUCUUUGAUUCUAUUUUAUAGCUAAAAUUCAUUCCAAAAUACAUGUUGUAUUAUGUAAUCUUCCACUUUCUAACCAAGUGUCACAUGUUUGGGUCCCUUCCUGUAUUAAAUCUUUCUGUAUAACAGAGUUCAUAGAAUCUAUCACUGGUUGGUAUGUUUCACAAUGCUGAGGGUGUUAAUUACACGCAGACCCUUUAACACAGGCCUCCACUGCCAGAAUAGUGUCCAGGGAUUUUAGAGCAGAUAAGAAUCAGAACUUUAUUUUUUCACGUUUUCCUGAUUGAGGUAAUUGGGAACAAUUUGUAAUGGUUAUAAGGUAGUGAUACUAACUGCACUUAAGGCUGCAAAUAGUCUCCUGGUCAAGGACCACUCAGCUCAGCCUCGUCCAAGCUCCUUCAGAAAAAAUGAAUUGUUCUGUUUAUGUGCAGCAUCUCUCCUCCAUUCCUAACACUGGGGAAAAUAAGCUGAAAUGGAUUUGGACCAGUUUUACUGUUCAUGCCUCUGCCACAAAGCAGACCCCACCAUACCCGUACUAGACGUCAAACAAUGAGGUCCCACAGUUUCCAUAGGCAGUAUCUUCUCAGGCGUAACUCCUGUAACCAAUAGAAAAUUUCUCCUAAAGUCUAAUCUGAAUCUCCACCAUUGUAAUAUGUCUAUUGCUUUUUAGCCUACUUUGACUAGAAAUAAAGAACAGUUUGUCUUGCCCUUUGCAGCAGUCUUUAACAUGUCUGAAGACUGUUGUCAUGUUUCCCCUCAGAGUGUUUCUCUCUAGUCUAAACAAACCCAAUUCUUUUGGUCUUUCCUCAUACAUCACAUUUUCUGGACCUUUGAUCAUUUUUGUUGCUCUCGUCUGGAUUGUCUCCAGUUGGUUCACAUCUUUCUUAAAGUGCAGUGCCCAAAACUGUGAAAAGUAUUCCAGCUGAGGCCUCACAGUGCUAAGCUAAAUCUAUAGAUAAGCUUAGGAGUUUGGGAAAAAGCAACAUAGUUUGGGGAUAUAAUGCUUACCUUGAUGAAGCCACAGGCAUUCUGGUCUUUUAUUUUAGUAGGGAUGAGUGUUCAUAUGCCUUGUUCUUAAAUUUCUCUGAAGCUAACUCUUUUGCUUGUUCGCUCUGCUUUUUCCUUAUUGGCGCAUUUUUGCUCUUCAGCUUCACUGGGGCAGGAAAGAUAACCUUUACUUCAUCUUUUUGAGGGCUGAAAGUGUUUAAUGCUACUUUGGAAAAGGAGUUUAUGAAGAUUGUAAUGCAAGCAGGCUGGAGAAGAGUAGAAGCAUUAUGUGAGGUUUUCAUUAAAGUGGGGUAUUAAAUGGGUGAAUACAGACUUAGAUAGUUAUCACAAAACAGACUGCAUGACACAUUUAGAAAAUUGACUGUCUUGUUCCUGACAAGCUCUGUGAGUUACUCUGUUGUUUUUCUGUUGUUUUCCCCUAGUUUUAGUGGAGACUCUGCUCUUUUUCUUGUACUCAGCUUGUACUCUGAUGCAAUGGCUCACAGCAACAAAAUGCUCAGUUGAGUGUGCUUUAGCUGCUUCCAUUUCUUAACGAUUUAAUUUUUUCUCCAUGUUGCUACAAUGUCCUGGGAUCCUGUAGCUCAGAACUAUGUACGCAGGCUGUCCUUUGUUGUAAAAACAAAAAGGCUGGAGCCUGACUCCAGGGUUCAGUGGGCCAAGCUGAGGGCAGGAAGCCAAUGAGUUUUCUGAAUAGCCGACUUGGAGAAGAUAAAUGUAGAGGAAAUGUGCAGAGAAGUAUCAGAAACAAGAAUGUAUUUCCUGACUGUAUCAUGGUUCAUGGUGUACCACAGCUUUGGAGGGGAAAACAGAGAUGACCAGGAAGGAGGUCAUAACCAUAACUAGUUCAUAACCAUGGGGCUAAAAGUGCUCAUGUGUCCCAGAUGAUGGAGUUGAGACGUGGGAAACAAGCAGGCUCUGGUGGCCUAGAGAGCAGACAAGGAGCAGACAUUGUCUUGCAUUAAAGACGUUGAACUUUUAACGUGCUGAAAGUUUCCCCAGUGCCUAAAAGGCUCUUCUUUCCCCCUUUUGUGCCCCUAUGCUAUGUCUUCUUCAUGUCCAGUGGAGGAGUCCUCUCUCUUCCUGCUGUCACAUCACCUUCUGGAGAGGAAGCGCACCCUGUUAGACAUCAGACAGUUUCUCACUUCUUGGCUAUUCUCCCAUGGCCCCCACAUACCAACCUGAUUUAACCCUAGUUUAGAAACAUCAAAACCCAGAGGCAUUCUGUAACAAAACACUUUGUUAAAAGAGUAAAGCUUGAAUGCUUGGUUUUAGCAGGAUCCAGCAAGUACUCAUAAAACAAUAUUGCACUUUCUAUAUAAACAUUCUGUGCCCUAAAAAAAAGUGAAAGUCUGGAAACAAAGGAAUUCAGCCACUUCUCAAUGGCCAUAACAUCUUUCAUCACUCGCUAUCACUCCAGCCAACUUUAACUUUGCCAAAAUAUAUGCCAAUCUCAAAAUAAUAAAUUACUAGCAGUUUAUAACAUCUAAACUCACCAUUUCCUAGUCAGGGGUCUGUUUCCAAUAGACCAUCACAGGCUCGUCAGGUUUUUACAGCAUGAAAGUUAAAAAUGCAAACUUGCAACUGCUGCAUAUAUUUAUGUUCUCCGUUGAGGCCAGGCCUGUCUAAAAGCAGAUAGAAUUCCAGGUCAGAAAAGUAUUCUUUAUUCCAAUCUAUUGCAGAGGAUUUUCUAAGACAAAGUGUUUUACCAUAUGGUUAAUAUAUGAUAUUCUGGCCAGCACCAGAAGAAGACACUGACUCUGCUCUGCAUAUGCAUGGCUUCCCUCUGCCUCUCACCAGGAUGGCAGAACCAUUCCCUGGCUGAGCUGGAGAGGGACAGCUCUUUGUCUCUUCUGCCUGUCAUAUCUUCCUGUCAUGUCAGUUUAAAUAAAGGUCCCCAGGAGAAAGACAGUCUCUCACUCUGUGUUUGUACAGCACCUAUUACCAGUGCAAUAAUUGAAAUAAAAGUAAACAAAAGCAGAAAUGGCAGUCAUCUUUGAUACAGAUCACAAUGACUGGGAAGGAGAAUUUAUUCUGAUAAACAAACUGAGUGGUUCAUGCAGUUGGGUUAGGUGUGAAAGGGAGAAGAAUGGCAAGAGAUGAAUGAUCCAGUGCUGUAGAGCUGAAUGGGUCCUAUCAUCUGUGAUCUGUCUUACAUGACUUUGAGAUAUUUUUAGGGGACUGACUUUUUUUGACACACAACAAAAUGGUAUUUCACCUAAAAGUUUGCUGAAUCCCGCAGAAUUGUUUUUCAACUUAUGCUGCUCUGUCAAUAAUAACUUUGUUGAGAACCAUUAAGCUUCUUUGAGUACCUGUUCACACACCAUCAUUGACUGUAGUGUCCAGGGCCAUUUACAUAGGGCUUUCUCUGUUUCAAAUUAGGGUCUAUACUCAUAUUUACCUUUUUUUUUUUUUUUUUUGGCUCAGCUUUUACAAGAGUCAACUUUCAUUAUCUCAUAAACGUGGUAUCAACAUUAGCAGAACUUGCAUAUUCUUUUUCUCUGUCUAGAGCACACAGAGCAAUACAAUCAGCAUAGUUUGUGGUCAGUCGAGUUCUCCAGUCUGUUUUAUUCACAGAAUAUUGUACUAAGUUUCUUCCAUCAUAUGUAGCUGCAUUAGAACCCAAUGAAAAUUCCACAGCACAAAGAUUUGGAAAAAAUAGGAAUAGAAGUAUGCCCUAACUUUAUUCAAGUCUGACAGGCACUAAUGUUAAAAUAAAUCUCUAUCCUGGAUGGACAAAAUCCUCAGCUGGUGUUAAUUUGCAUGGCUGCUGCUCUUUAAUGAAAAGAUAAAAAAUAUCCUUAGGAUCUUCCUUUUGUGUGUGUAAUGCUGUGCAUGUAUCUGUAUGCAAGGAAAAUUUACAGAAGCUAAAACUAGUUGUGGUAGCACAGCUCUGCACUUGGAAGUCAAAGAGUUGUAAGAUAACAUGGCACAAGAAAAUUUUAUUUCCUCAUCUAACAUGAGUGCAGAAAAGUGAUUUACACCCAUCACAUUUUGUUGUUUUAAGUCUUUGAACCAGUUCCGAGUAGCUCAACCCCAAAGCGGGUGCCAUGUAUGAGGACCAAGGCUGCUGAUUAUCACUAGAGCUUUGGAGAUUCUUCAGAAAGCCUGCCCAGAAAGGUGACCUGCGCUGAAGGGUGAGUCCUGUAGGCAGUGUAAUGAUUCAGAGGUAUUUGUGCAGGGAUGUAUCUGAUCCUUCAGUGAUCUUUAUCCUCACCUGUUUCAGAGCAGACUGCAUCUGUCUGAUGUUUAUAAGUGUGUUCACAUCAGAGGUGGAAAUCUCACCUGUUCCAGUUCUUAGCUCAAACUUCUGAGACCCCUCUAGUGGUUUCCAUUGGCCAGACAGAUACCCCCGUGUAACUCAACUAAUAUUGGUGAAAUCACAUGAGGGAAAGUUUGCGUACAAGGCAGGUAACGUUUUUACACCUGCAAGAGAAUAGUGAUGCACCCAGCUUGGUGUAAGAAUUGAGGAACAUAGCUGGGUAGCAAAGCGAUCUUCAGAAAACAUUUCAGCAACCACAAAUUCCUGAAAUAUUCAAUCUCUCAUUCCCUCCUGGGUCCCAGUCGUCACUCAUUCUCCCUUUUGAGUUUGUCCUGGACAAGUGGUCUCGUUAUGGUCAGGCAUGCAAGCACAUGUUGAGUGAGCUCUCCUGCUGUGGCACUACAUAACGUUUUUCAUCUUGUUUUUUUGGAGAUCAGCUGUGGGCUAUAUGUUUCUCCUAGGUUCUGACUGACCUCAGUUACUUUUCCAACAGCCAAGAGACAACCAUUAUUUCUCUGCUGGGUUCCUUUGCACCUAGCAUCUGUAUAAGUUCGUCGUGUGUUUCACUGGAAAUGCAGGCACUGUUGUUGACCCACAUGCUGCUUUUGUCAGGAGGCACCCUUACAGCGAACUAUUAAGCCUGAAUGGCUGAAGAGACUGUCUAGCCUGCUGGCAGAGCCUGGCUUUAUGAAGAGGAUUUUAAAGAAAAACCACAACCCUCCAAGUUUGAAGGGAUUAUGUUGACUUCCUUGGGAUUCUGCAGUGUUAAAGUAAUGCACAUGCAUGUGUUUUUCAAGACUGGGAACUUAAUCUGGAGAUUUUUCGUCAGCAACUUGCCGCAUAUGUUCUUUUUGAACCUGAGGAAUAACUUCUUUCCUGCAAUUGCAUCUGUAUCCUGCUGGCUUGAUGGUCUUAAGGCUUUUUAAGAAGGCUGAUAAGGGCACGCUUAUACAACAUAUCCUUAAGCUCUUCACAUCUUGGAUGAAGUUUUCCCAGUUUGCAAACAAGGUACUUGGCCUAGUCAGAGAGAGUACAAUGUGAUCACCACUAUGCUGAAGUCAGUGAUUGCUAACCACCUCACAUCAGGUCCAGGUUUAGCUGUUUUAUUAUAAGUCUUAAAUCUCAGUGUCAGUGGUAUAAAUGUAAACAGAUAAGUAUUAACUUUACAGUAGAGCUGAAAGAUUGUUUCCAGUAAAUAAAUAGUAGUAUGAUUGCAUUAUCUCUUUCUCCAUCAGCGCUAUCUUUGGGUACUCUCAGAUUUCCUGAGAUGUCUUUGACACUUCAAAAUUUCCUCUGGUAUUUCAAGCUAUUCACUGAUGUGUUUCCAUUAAUGCUUCUUCACCACUUUUCUUCAAAGACCUAUGCAGGCACUUGACUCUACAUGUUUUAAAACAUCAAGCUAUACCCAGGCCUUUGCAGAGUUGGGGCUUAUGCAUCAUUCAUAGAAACUGCUGCUCUCUGUAACCUAAAAGGAAUCAUGUUGACUUUGUUAAGAUUUUGCAGUGUUCAAAGUAAUGCAUGUGCAUGUGUUUUUCAAGACUGGGACCUUGAUCUGGAGAUUUUUCAUCAGCAACUUGCUGCAAAUGUUCUGUAUUCAACAUGUGAAUCAUAACUACAAAAGUUAGUUUUGACAAAAUCCUCAAAACAUAUGGUGUUUCCUGGCUGCCUACACUCAAUGCAAGCACAAUUCAAAACUCCAGCACCAAUUAUCCAGUAUUCAUAAUAACUCGUUGUUUUCAAGAAACAUUUUGCUUGUGAAAUGCAAACAAAGAGACAGAAGGCCUGCCAAGAUUACACAGACUUAUUAUUCAAAUCAGUAUCCGCAAGAAAACCUGAAUUGAGUUCAUAUUUUAAAAAUAUUCCUUUGACAUCUGAUGCCAUUCAGGUAGGGAAGGGAGACAGAAAAACUGGCUGCUUCCAAAACAACAGCAGGUGCUCUACAGAGAUCCUGGGGCUCCUACAGUGAUCAGAAAGACCUGUGAGCCCAAGUCUGCAUCCCAGGUCACUGAGGAAGGCACAAAACUCAUAGAAAUAUGCCCUCACCUUGGGGAGAGAUAUCUUCAUUGACUUCUUAAUGAUGUCAGGUGGACACUUACCUCAUAACGUGUAUAAAAUUUCUCAUUGUGCUUAUACACCUAUGGAAAAUUUAAAACAACAGGACCAAGCUGUUACCCACCACAUGCACACUACCUGCAGUAAGACCUAGCACAUUCCUCUGCCAUUCCCCAGGGUUAUGCUCACUUAGAAUUACCCAAUCUGAUUAUUUGGUGUGUUACGAUGCUGUGACAGCACUUGGAUUACACCACCAUAAAGUCAUUCCCAUAGAAGAAAAAAAGAGAAUUACUGAGGGAUAAAAUUACAGCUGAGCCAGAAACUUAAUAGAAAAGGACUUGCUCGUUAGUUAACCUUCAGUGCCUUGGUUAUGAUGUCAUUGCUAUGGAACAAAGUCAUCAACCAGACACCAAAAAUAUUAAAAAUAUUAUCUGUUUAGAAAGAUAAGUGCCCAUGUAGCCUAUAAACAGCUCUGGAACAAAGACAUCCCAUGCAACACCUGGAAAAGGAAGAGUUCAAUCCUUGACCUCCAGAAACCCUGUCUCCCACUAGCAGGAUUAAGCAUGGUUGACCCUUACCAGGGUACAGACACAAUGGCUGGCUGACAGAUGGGUCAAGGAAGAGGCAGGCAUGGCCAGAGAGAAGGGAAGGAUGAACCACGAGUGCGUAAAAGUACUAAGGAAUGCUCUCAGUGUUCAGGAUCUCUGGGACAAGUCUCUCUCUUGCUGUACAAAGCAUUGUAGCUUUGCUUGGGCCUGUGAAAGACAGAAAAGUGGUAACAGUCACUGCAAUAAAAACGGGAGGGCAGCAUUCAUGUGUUUGAAUGAGGCGCCAGUUUUUGAAAAAAAUCACACUGCCCUGGCCAACCUGUCACCUAAUGAGAUGCACUGGACACUGGAAGCCUAUAAGUGCAAUUUACCGUAUAACAUGUAUAGCACCACCUUAUACCAAUAGUUUCUCCUGCAACCAGUACAGGUUCAGGGAGGAGUCACUUCCCAGCUUGACAGAUACUCCACAGAACUUCUGCUUAAACAUUUCCCUAACCCUUACUUUCAGGCUGUCUAGAUAAUAAACAUGCUAUAUUUUGUAGUCUUCAUUCUUUUCAAAAGAUGAACAUUGUAAUUUAAAAUGGAUGGUUUUGGUGUCCCUCAUCCUGCCUCUUUAACUUUUACUUCAUUUGUAGCUGAAAAUGAAGUUUUAAUUCCUGUAUUGUUUUACAACUUGUGAAC